UUCACCGUGUUAGCCAGGAUGGUCUCGAUCUCCUGACCUCGUGAUCCACCCGUGUCGGCCUCCCAAAGUGCCGGGAUUGCAGGCUUGAGCCACCACGCCCGGCCUGAGGUGCUUCUUUCGAAGCCUUUGCAAUGGGGGGUGAACUCUUCCCAGUUCUCCUCCUUCCACAGAUUGUUCUAGAACUGCCAAGACUGUGGGCACCCUGCUCCUUUCUCCUCAUGUUGCCGGCCCUGCAGGGAGGGGCAGGAUGGGCUGCAGUCCGUCCUUCAGCCCCUUGUGGGAUGUCUCUCCUAAAUGUACAACAGGGCUGGGGCGGUCACAGCUCACAUGUGCCACACAGUCGCUCGGUGCGCAGCUCUCUGCUGAAGACAUUCCGUGUUUGUCCUCUGCCUCCUGGUCUCAGGUCCUGGAUGAGGAUGUGACCUCCAAGACAUGGACAUUAGCCCAGAGACAAGAGGAGCAGCAGCGACACCGCCCCUCGCCCUGGAGGGUCCUGUACAAUCUCAUCAUGGGACUCCUGCCCUUACCCAGGGGCCACAGAGCCCCCGAAAUGGAGCCCAAUUAGGUGCCUGCACCCGCCCGGUGGACGUCAGGGACUCGGGGGGCAGGCCCCUCCCACCUCCUGACACCCUGGCCAGCGCGGGGGACUUUCUCUGCACCAUGUAGCAUACUGGACUCCCAGCCCUGCCUAUCCCGGGGGCGGGCCGGGGCAGCCACUCCAGCCCCAGCCCAGCCUGGGGUGCACUGACAGAGAUGCGGACUCCUGGGUCCCUGGCCAAGAAGCCAGGGGAGGGAGGGCUGAUGGACUCAGCAUCGGAAGGCGGCGGUGACCAAGGGGGUGGGGACUGAGCCGCCCGCCUCUGCCGCCCACCACCAUCUCAGGAAAGGCUGUUGUACUGGUGUCCGUUCCAGCUGCAGGGGUGACACUGAGGGGGGGCUCUCCUCUCGGUGCUCCUUCACUCUGGGCCUGGCCUCAGGCCCCUGGUGCUUCCCCCCCUCCUCCUGGGAGGGGGCCCGUGAAGAACAAAUGAGCCAAACGUGACCACUAGCCUCCUGGAGCCAGAGAGUGGGGCGCGUCUGCCGGUUGCUCCAGCCAGGUGCCCAGCCAUCUUCCCUGAGCCAGCCGGCGGGUGGUGGGCGUGCCUGCCUCACCUUCAUGCGGGGGUGGCCAGGAGGGGCCCAGACUGUGAAUCCUGUGCUCUGCCCACGACCGCCCCCCGCCCCAUCAAUCCCAUUGCAUAGGUUUAGAGAGAGCACGUGUGACCACUGGCAUUCAUUUGGGGGGUGGGAGAUUUUGGCUGAAGCCGCCCCAGCCUUAGUCCCCAGGGCCAAGCGCUGGGGGGAAGAUGGGGAGUCAGGGAGGGGGGGAAAUCUCAGAAGAGGGAGGAGUCUGGGAGUGGGGAGGGAUGGCCCAGCCUGUAAGAUACUGUAUAUGCGCUGCUGUAGAUACCGGAAUGAAUUUUCUGUACAUGUUUGGUUAAUUUUUUUUGUACAUGAUUUUUGUAUGUUUCCUUUUCAAUAAAAUCAGAUUGGAACAGUG